AUGGGCUCCCCUUGGCCGUUCGCCGCUUGGGGCAUGGAUGUGAUUGGACCUAUCGAACCCCCUGCAUCAAAUGGGCAUCGCUUCAUCUUGGUAGCCAUCGAUUAUUUCACUAAAUGGGUCGAAGCUUCAACGUAUAAGGCAGUAACAAAGAAGGUGGUGGCAGAUUUUGUUCGCAACAAUAUAGUUUGCCGAUUUGGGAUUCCAGAGUCAAUUAUCACAGAUAAUGCAGCUAAUCUCAACAGCGAUCUUAUGAGAGAGACUUGUGAAAAGUUUAGGAACAUCCACGAGGAGCAACUCCCUAUAUCUUUGGUAUAUGGCUCAGAAAUUUGUGAUACCCGCGAAGUAGAGAUACCUUCUCUAAGGAUUAUCCAAGAUGUUGGUUUGGACGAUGCAGAAUGGAUACGUAGUAGACACGAACAGUUGAUGCUCAUUGAUGAGAAAAGGAUGGAAGUUGUCUGUCACGGUCAGCUUUAUCAGAACAGGAUGUACAAGGCAUUUAACAAGAGAGUAAGGCCUAGGAAAUUCGAACCAGGGCAGUUGGUUUUAAAGCGAAUAUUUUCUCAUCAGGAUGAAGCUAAAGGGAAAUUCACACCAAAUUGGCAAGGUCCAUACGUGGUUCAUCGAGUGCUUUCAGGAGGAGCAUUGAUUUUGCUAGAAAUGGAUGGUAAAGUGAGCACGAAGCCCAUCAACUCAGACUCGAUCAAGAAGUACUACAUCUGA